AUGGCCGGACAUGGACCCCCCACGCUCAGGCAUGACCCCGCCAUCGACCGGUGGAACUCCAUGAGAGAGAAUGUAUACCUGCACUACAAGUGGACGCCUCGUGCAACGCGGACCGUGCUCAUAGGCGCAGUUGUCAUCCCUACCUUGCUCUACUACACCCUCUCUAACCAAGACACAAAGUGGCAAUGGACGGCGAAGCGCAAGGGCGAGUCGCUCGCGCGCGUCUCCACGCCAGAGGCGGAAUAA